GAGCACAAAUGUGUAAUAAUAACAGGAAAAACGAUGUCUGCGUCCGUCGAACGGGAGGCAGUUCACUGCGCGUGCCCGCGUGCAGCGCAACCAUGCCGCUCUCGCUGCCGCUGCUCGUGCCGCCGCUGCCGCCGCUGCUGCCGCUGCUGCUGCCGCUGCUGCUGCUGCCGCCGGCGCGCAGCGGCGAGCCGUGCGCCGAGCUGCGCGCCGCGAUCCAGAACAUGACGAACCUGACAAUACCAGAGCGCCGCCUGCGCGCCGGCGGCGAGGAGGCGCAGCUGCAGGUGUGGGGCGGCGGCGGCGCCGGGCGCGCGGCGGCGGCGGUGCAGCUGGCGGCGCUGCGCGCGCUGCUGGGCUACGACGCGCGCCUGCUGCCCGCGCGCGCCGACCUGUGCCGGCUGCUGCGCACGCCCGGGCUGCCCGGGCUGGCGGUGGUGGCGGCGGCGGCGGCGCGCCCGCGCGCGCGCUGCCCGGGCGCCGUGCGCGCGCUGGACGAGCUGUCGUCGGCGGCGGGCCCCCCGGCGCUGCCGGCGACGCCGCUGCUGCUGGCGCGCGUGCCGAGCGAGCGCUGCGCCGCGCUGGCCGCCCGCUGGCAGUUCUACGAGCGAGCCGGCGACGACGCGCGGAAGUGCAACUUCGCGAUGACUGACAGUGACCGGUUCGAGGUGCUGCUGCGCGUCGCGGACGACGAGGACGAACGCGUGGAGCUCGAGCUGCGGCGCCGCGUCGCCGGCCUGCCGCUCGAGCUGCGGCGCUUCGGCCUGGACCGGGAGCUGCGCGAGCGCCUCGCCACGCUCCGGGCGCUCGGCAGCGCUUUCCUCUUCGUCGACGACGACAUCUGGGCCGACGACGCGCGCGUGGUGCGCGUGCAGCCGCCGCCCGCGAGCGAGCGCGGGCUGCUGCCGCAGGAGGGCGUGCGCGUCGGCGACGGCAGCUUCAUGCGCACGCACGCGGGCGCCGUCGCGCGCGUCGCGGCCGUGCGCCUCGAGCGCGCCGAGCUGCACGCCGUGCUGCGCCUCGAGGGGCGGGAGCGCAACCUGACGGCGGCGGGCUGCCGCUGGGCGCGCGACCACAUGCGCGAGCUGCUCGGCCGGCUCGGCUACCGGCCGGACGCCACGGCGACCGAGCACUCGGUCGUCCUGUUGCCCUGCGCCGACGACCCCGAGCUGCGGGAGCUGGACGCCGUGACGACGGCGGUGAACGCGAGCGUCUACGGCGACACGCGCGCCGCGUACGCGUACCCGCAGCGCGCCGUGGACUGCGCGGACGAGCGCGCGCUGCCCGCCGCCGUGGACGCCGAGGCCCGCGCGCUCGCGCUGGUGACGUGGGCGACGGCGGAAGGCUACGCAGUGGCGCGCGCUAAGGCCGAGCGGACGGGCCUGCCGCUGCUGACGGUGGGCGCCCCGGCGGCCGCGACGGCGCGCGCGCUGCGCGGUGCGCUGCGGCAGUGCGGUUGGAGCCGCGUGCUGGUGCUGUCGGACCGCUCGAGCUACGCGCGGCGCGUGGGCGAGGCGCUGCGCGCGGACGGCGCGCUGCUGACCCGCCACGAGGCCGUGGGCUCGGACGCCGACGCCGCGAGCGCGCUGGCCGCCGUGCGCGCGAGCGACGCGCGCGUGGUGCUCGUGAACGCGGGCGCGCGCGCGGCGGAGCGCGUGCUGUGCGGCGCGGCGGCGCGGCCGGCGCUGGCGCACGUGGUGUGGCUGCUGCGCGAGGCGCGCGGCGGCGCGUGCGCGCGCGGGCUGCGCGUGCUGGCUCCGCGCGCCGCGCCGCUGGCCGCCGCGCUGGCCGCCCUGACGCGGGCCGUGGACUCGUUCCUGCUCGCUCGCCCCGCGCACAGAUACACCCUGCACGACAACUCCACUUACAGACUAUUGCUGACGCAUCUCAAACAAUGGAACGCAACGGACGCCGUCGGCGAGUGGGCGGCCGGCUGCGCCGAGCGCGCGCCCGACCGCGCCGCCUGCGCCACGUGGCGCGCCGGCGACCCCUUUGCGCCGCGCUGCCAGGACGUGCCCGUGGGCGCGGGCGCCGCCGCGCUGGCGCUGGGCGCGCUGUCGCUGCUGGCGGCGUGGCGCGUGCGGCGAGCGCGCGUGGCGCGGCGGGAGCGCGCGUGGCGCCGCCGCCUGGAGCUGCAGGCCGCGGAGGCCGCCGCCGCGCUCGGCACGUACGUGGUGGACCGCGGCGCCGUGCGGCUGCUGCGCGAGAUCGGCUCGGGCUGCUACGGCCGCGUGCACCGCGCCGAGCUGCGCCGGCCCGACGGCGGCACGCAGCUGGUGGCAGCCAAGGAGCCGCGCGCGGGCGCCGCGCCGGCCGAGGAGGGCGAGCUGCUGCGCGAGGCGUGCGUGCUGGCGCCGCUGGCGCACGCGCACGUGGUGCGGCUGGUGGGCGUCUGCCUGGCGGCCGGCCCGCCGCUGGUGCUGCUGGAGCACGCGCGGUACCGCGACCUGCAGCGCUACCUGCGGCGGCGCGCGCGCAGCUCGCCGGCGCUGGCGCCGCGCGCGCUGACGCGGCUGGCGCGCGAGGCGGCGGGCGCGCUGCAGUACCUGGCGGGGCGGCGCCUGGUGCACCGCGACGUGCGCGCCGCCAACUGCCUGGUGGACGCGCGGCGCUCGCUCAAGCUGGCCGACUUCGGGCUGGCGCGCGAGCUGGGCGCGGCCGAGCCCGAGUACGCCACGACGCGGCGCGGCCUGUUCCCCGUGCUGUGGAUGGCGCCCGAGAGCCUGGAGCAGGGCGUGUUCUCGCCCGCCUCGGACGUGUGGGCGCUGGGCGUGCUGCUGCUGGAGGUGGCCACGCUGGGCGCGCGCCCCUUCGGCAGCUGGCCGCCGGCGCGCGUGCUGCGCUACGUCACGGCGGGCGGGCACCCGCCGCUGCCGCCGGACCUGUCGCCGCACACGCGCGACGUGGUGCUGGCGUGCUGGCGGCGCGCGCCCGAGCGGCGGCCCAGCGCGGCGAGCGUGCGCGCGGCGCUGGCCGACGUGCCGGACGCCGUGCGGCCCGCGCUGCUGCCGCCGCCGCAGUGCUGCCCGCCGACCGCCUCGCCGACCGCCUCGCCGACCGCCUCGCCGACCGCCUUGCCACGACCGCCUGAAUCGCCCGACUUGCAUAUAACUUAACUGCGUUGUUAAAAAUUGUUAAAUCAAUAAAUACUAAUUUGUAAGCAACGCAAACCCACUGGUUAAGACUUUCAGCCUUCGAAAAAAAAGGACGAGUUCGAAUCCGGCUUGGGGCAUGCACCUCCAGCUUGUCAGUUGCGUCAAAAACAUUGUGAGGAAUACCGAAUACCUCAGAGUCUUGUUGACUACUCUAUAUUGCUAUCACGCACGCUAUAUAUAAAUUAGGUAACAUAUAAGAGGUAUUGAUAAUGAUUUGUUUAAAAGCAUAGCUGGGCACCGUUAAUCAAAUAGUUAACUUCGUUAAUCAUUAAUCCGCUACAAAAAAAGUUAGCUUCGUUAAACGUUAAAGCGUUACAUUCCGGAAGAAUUAACGCAAGUUAACGUUAAUCGUUAAUCCGUUAAUAUGACUGUGUAAUAUUACAUUUUUAUAUCAUUGUGUGGGAUCACCAUUGGAAAAAUAAGGAUGAGCACUGGGGAUGUGUCAUAAUUUGUUUUUUGUUGAUUUUAUCUAUAUUUAACAUAAAUAUAGCAAUUUGUUGAUUUUUUAAAAAAAAAAAUCAUUCAUCAUUUCUUACUUCUCUGAACCUGUGUUUCGCGUCGCGCGGUAAAUAAUAGGCAUUGGAUUAACGAUUAACGGACUUCUGCAUAUUAACGGAAGUUAACGUGUCCGUUAAUAUUUUUAAAAGUUAAUCCGUUAAUCAAAAUGUUAACUUCGUUAAUUAACGAUUAACGGAUUAACGAGUUAAUGCCCAGCUAUGUUUAAAAGCUAUUUGGAGGAAAGAAGGCAGUGUAUUAAAAUCAGUAAAAUAAUAAAUGGUGAAAAAUUAGAUUAGAUGUCAAAUCUUCUUGUUUCAUUAACUCCUUUGGGGUUCCACAAGGAAGUAAGUUGUGUGGUAUGUAUGGUCCUUUAUUAUUCUUAUUAUACUUACUCGUACAUCUGUAGCGUUAUCAAUAUAAACAUUAUUGUAUAAACAUUAUCAGCGUAUCCACAUUCAUAUUUAGUUCGUAGAUUAUCCAUAAGUUUACAACGUUUCAAAUUGUAAGAUAACAUGUGGCGCGCACAUGCUGAUACUAACCACUCAACAGCACAUUACUAACCCAAUGUAUUUAGUUAUAAUAAACCACUUGAACAGUAAACGGCGAUCGAUAAACAUGCUUUUCUUUGCCACCUUACCUCCUCACCACACGCGGCAAACAUCAACGACUUGCCAAAUUGUUCUAAAUAUCCCUGUACCUAUAUUGUUUACCGAUGACACAGCUCUAAUUAAGUUAUAAAAGACAAUAAGUUGACACAUGAAUAGAACUUAAAACAAAUAA